CAGGAGGCCUUGCGGCGAAAUAGGGCGGGACGACGGAAAGCGGGGCGACUCGAGCUCGUAGCAAAGUGCUGGGCGACGUCUCCUAAGGUAGCAGCCCCUGCAGCAGAAUGGGUUAAUAAGGUGUGUAAAUGUUCCAGUGCUGAGCACUCAAUGGUUAUUCAGCCCAGAGCAAUUCCUCUCCAAGUCCUACUCCGCAAAAUUUCCUGUCAGCCUAACCAACUCUUCUAUACUGCCGGGUGCUCCCCUGGAACCAGAGAAAAGGGAUGUCCCCCGCCUCUCAAGCCUGCCCAGCUGAGGAAAAAUGGGGUGGGAAAGCAGCGAACGCGUACGCUGAGAAGCAGCGGCGGCUGCACAGAGUCAAAGCCCCGCGGGCGAGCGCAGCAGCCCUGAGCGUCCGACACGUACCCCAGCCGCCUUCCCGCCCAGCCCCCGCGAUGCGGCCGCGCCUGUGAUCAGCCGCCGACCCCGGGACGCCCCGCCUCACAACUACCUCAGCACCACCUCCGCCCGCCGCACCGCCCCAGUCCCCAGGUUUCUGCACUGCCAUAGGGCACCCCCCUGAGGCCUCUUCACUCCCCCACCAUGCUCCAGCGCCUCACCAGCCUCUUCUUCAGCUCCCCGGCGCCCCCCGAGGACCCUGACUGCCCUCGAGCCUUCGUCUCCGAGGAGGAUGAAGUGGAUGGCUGGCUCAUUAUUGACCUGCCGGACAGCUUCACAGCUCCACCCAGCCCCGGGGCCGCCCCGGCCCCUGCGGGCCGCCCUCCGCCUGCACCCUCCUUGAUGGAUGAGAGCUGGUUUGUUACCCCUCCGGCCUGUUUUACUGCAGAAGGGCCUGGGCUCGGGCCUGCCCGCCUCCAGAGCAGCCCCCUGGAGGACCUCCUCAUCGAGCACCCCAGCAUGUCCGUUUACGUGACCGGCAGCACCAUAGUGCUGGAGCCUGGACCUCCUUCCCCGCACCCCGACGCCGCCCUGCCAGACGGAGACCUUAGCGACGGGGAGUUGGCGCCUGCUCGCCGUGAACCCCGGGCCCUGCACCACGCUGCCCCUCUGCCGGCGCGGGCCGCACUGCUGGAGAAGGCGGGCCAGGCGCGGCGACUGCAGCGGGCUCGGCAGCGGGCCGAGCGCCACGCUCUGAGCGCCAAGGUGGUGCAACGGCAGAACCGCGCCCGCGAGAGCCGUCCGCGCCGGCCCAAGCACCAGGGCAGCUUUGUCUACCAGCCGUGCCAGCGCCAGUUCAACUACUGAGCUUCCGCCGGCCGUGCCGCAAACCCCUCGCUGACUCCCGACCCUUAACCAGCCCCUCCGCCGCAGCCAGUGUGCUGCUCGAGGGACGCCUGCAGCCCACUUCGGGCUGGACACCACAACCUCCCUUCUUCUUAAGUGUGUGAGGUGGGGGUGAUAGCCUCUCUCUCUCUCUCUCUCUCUCUCUCUCCCCCCCCACUCCUUCUAUUUCCCUAUCUCUGAUCCUCUAAUCCGCCUCUGAACCUCCCCCUCCUCCCUUCAC